AUGUCUGAGGUGAAGAGUGAAUCCACCAAUAAGGGUGACAGCGAUGCCCCUCCCGCUGUCAUGGACCCGCGCUGUGAAUGGUUUUCAGACCGUGUAUGUAACGCACUGAGAUUGAAAAAUGACAAAUUUAAAAAAAUGGUGUCCACCCAGGAGAACUGGGAGGCCAUUGUCAAGUUCUUGGACAGCAGUGAUGUCAACACAAUUCUAUUUUAUCUUAACGCCCGUGACGAGCUGCUACCAGCAAUCAACUUUCCACCACAACUCAAGAGAAAGUCCGUUUACUUUCUCAAAAACACUCUCGGCUCACAAGUCACCACUAGUCUGGAAAAGGAACUCACCAUGGGUGAUUUGGCUGCCGAUCCAUUAACAUUCCUAUCUACACUUCUCGAAGAAGUGUAUUUGCCACUGCUGACAAACCCACGCAAUCUGGAAGCAUGGCCUGAAGUCGUGGCCAAUGAUGUGUUGCGACACUUUCACCAGCUGAAUGGUGCCGUUUACGUCAUAUCAGGCAAAUCAAAGGGCAAAACGCUGCUGCCAUUACCACAUGGUGCCCGUCUCAACGUCGAGAUCGACAAGUCAUUACUACACACUCUAGAGUCUGCAGUGAUAGACUGGACUCACCAAAUCAAGGAAGUCAUUAAAUCAUCUUCAGCUGGACCACUCGAUGCAGGGCUGACACCUGGACCAGUGGUUGAAAUCGACUUUUGGGCUGCUAAAGCCGCUAAUCUGGCCAACAUUCAUUCUCAACUCACGGAUGAAAAGAUACAAAAGAUUGGUCGCAUACUGGAGGCCAGUAAAUCUACCUACCACCCCGCAUUCAAAACCAUCUUUGAGGAAGUCUCCUUUGCUCUCGAUGAGGCAAGUGACAUCCGACUUUACCUUCAGCCACUGCGGCCACUGGUAGACAAGUUAUCUGGAUCGUCAGACUUUGCUGAACUGGCUCAAGUCUUCCCUCCAUUAAUGCACACCCUGGUGCUUAUAUGGACUCAUUCCAAACACUACACCACUCCACAACGAAUCACAGUGGUGCUUCAAGAAAUCUGUAACGACGUCAUAGAACAGGCCCGUGUAUUUAUUCAGCCAGCCGAACUAUUCGCUGCUGAACCAGAAGAGGCUGCCGACCGAAUCCGUCUCGCCCUUAAAGUAUGUGAGUCUCUAAGGAACACUUAUCAGGACUGUAAACGAAGAACCGUAGAGGGUCCAAGGCCGUGGAACUUUGAUUCGAAACUGGUCUUUGGUCGUUUGGAUCGAUUCUUGUUCAGAGUAAACCAAAUCCUGGAUUUGUUUGAUACCAUUGUCGAGUUCAACCGCCUUGAAAAGGUUGAGGUUGGUGGUACCAAGGGUAAAAUUCUGAGCUCCCAAGUCGCUCAAAUAUUUGCAGAAUUCACGACGGCCUUGUCCGGUUUCAAGCAAAUCAAAUACGAUGUGCUUGACUUGCAAAACAGUGACUUUGAGAGUGACAUGUCCAAGUUCCAGGCCAAGAUUGAAGAUUUGGAUCGUCGAAUCGGAACCAUCCUCUGCCAAGGCUUCGAAGACUGUACUGGUCUCCACGCAUGCUUCCGUUUAAUUGAAUCCUUUGCUGGUCUUUUGUCACGCCCACGGAUUCAACACGACUUCGAGGGCAAAUACUUUGCUUUAUUGCAGGCCUACAUGCGUGACCUAGAAGAUGUCCGAACCAUCUUCUUACGAGGUCGAGACGAUCCACCAAUACAUUACAACAUGGCUCCCGUAACUGGUGCUGUCGCAUGGUGUCAUGAGCUCAAGGAGAGAAUAGGCAAGGCCAUGGAGAAGCUCAAGAGUCUCAAUCACAGUGUCAUGAACACUGAAGAGGCCAAUAUCGUGCUCUCCAAGUACAAUGACAUCAAGAACAUGCUUGAUGCGUACGAAAGUGCCGUCUAUAAAAAAUGGGCAGACACACUAAUAGACGAAUCCGAGGCCAAUCUCCACAAGCCUCUGCUUGUUCGUAAUUCCGAUGGGUUGCUAGCAGUCAAUUUCGCACCCAAAGUAGUUGCCCUACUCCGUGAGGUGCGAUAUCUCGAGUCUCUGGCAGUCAAGGCUCCCGAAACCGCUGCCCGUAUCUACUCAAAAGCAGAAGUGUAUAGGCAAUUCAUCUUCUCGCUGGCCCAUAUCUCGACUCAAUAUAACAGCAUCAAGACUUCCGUCCUUGAAGUCGAACGACCUUUAAUCGAGUCCAAGGUGUUGGCCGUCGAUGCUAUGGUUGAGCAGUCUCUAAAGACACUCAACUGGACAUCAGAGGGUGUUGAAGAGUAUAUACAAUCUCUCGGAAAGAUUGUUGGUGACUUGAGCUCCGUAUUGCAAGUUACCAAGAACAAUGUGGUGCAAAUCGUUAAAAUGAUGAAGGCCUGGUCAUCAGCACCUCUCGUAGAACGUAAAGAUGGCAAGAAAUUGCUAGAUUUAGAAGGCAAGGACGCUCGGCUAACGGCUGCCUAUGAUCAAAUCAAAAAGGACGGCCGAACCAUUCACGAAUUACUGGAACAGACUCGUAGUUUACUUGGUGCUCAAGAGUCUCAAGCUGAAUGGGGCAAAUACCGAGAAUAUGUAGAUGGAUUGAUACGUGAAGGCUUCUUUGAUGUUAUUCGUAAAUCAUUGGAACACUUGGCUGAAAACAUGGAUCGUGACCGUGCAUCAAGAGCUGAUGUCGGUCCCGUUUUGGAAGCUAAGCUUGAAUUGGAGAAUGACACGCUUGUAUUCACUCCAAGCAUGGCUGAUGAAAACACGGAAGGCAGCUUACUUUCUACCAUUAAGACCCUUCUUGAUGACAUCUACGAAACUGCGUCACUGGUUGGACGUAUCGCUAGACCAGCAGCCAUACCGCAGCCAGAACCCGUACCUGCCUCUGAAGAAGGGGGAGAUGCAUCAGGCACCGGACUACAUGGUGAAGAUGCUAUGGAGAACGAAACAUAUCUGGGCGAGAUGUUACACGACGAACGAUUGUCAAAGAUAAAAGUGGAGAUUCUUGGUCGUGUCCAGAGAAUUACGGAAGAGUGUAUAGGAUAUAGUGAUAGUUAUGAUCAGUACACGUACCUCUGGACCGAAAACCGUCAAGAAUAUAUGGAACGUUUCCUGUCCAACCCACCUAAUGCCGACAAGGCUGCCGAGAGUCCCGCCUCAGAUUCUGGUGAAGGAGAUCAAUCUCUCAAACUCGAGAAGUUUGAAGUUGAAAUCCGUAAAUUCGAGGGAAUACAUAAAACCGUCAUGGCUAUUGAGCCUGAAGUGCUGUUCCAAGGCUGGUUUAGAGUUGAUGCUCGUCCGUUAAAACAAGCUCUGAACUUGGUCGUUAAGAAAUGGACAUAUACGUUGACCAAGCAUCUCAGUGAUAGUGCAGUUGCAACACUGAAUGAGUUGGACAAGUUUGUCAAGAAUACCAAGAAGGGUUUACAAGUUAAAAUCGAGGAGGGUGACUAUGAUGGCCUGAUAUCGGCUAUGGGCUUGCUACAUGCCAUCAAGCACAGAACAGCCAACAUUGAUAAAACCUUUGAACCUCUUCGUAAAACAGUCAAUCUUCUUCGUCAAUUUGGUGUCGAAAUGGAAGAUACCAUCCAUAAGAUGCUCAACGAUCUACCAGAAGCAUGGUCGGACGUCAAGAAACUGUCUGUCUCUAUAAGAGAUCAUGUUGCUCCACUGCAAGCUCGUGAAGUAGAUGUCCUUCAAAGGAAGUGUAAUAGCUUUGAUCAACGAAACCAUGCCUUCCGAGAAGAAUACAGGAAACGGGCACCAUUCAAGUUUGAAGUUGGCCCCGACGGCGCCUAUGAACUCAUCGACUCCAGUCAUGUCGAAGUGUGUCAUAUGGAGAAUGAAGCAGCAGCCAUUAGGGUAUCAUGUGAACUCUUCGAACUCAACAUUCCAGCCUACCGUCAAUUGGCUGAUUGUAGAAGAGACGUUGGUAUGCUAAAACAAGUAUGGGACUUUGUAGCACUAGUCACAUUCAUGUUUGAUCAAUGGCGAGGAACUCUAUGGACUGAAAUUGAUACUGAUGCCAUGGAAGCCAAAUGUCGAGAUCUCAACAAGGAGCUUCGUAAGAUGGAUAAAGAAAUCAAGGGUUGGGAUGUGUAUUCUGGCCUGGAUCAGAUGGUCAAGGAUAUGAUUACCAGUUUACGUGCUGUUGGUGAACUCCGUAGUAAUGCUAUUAGGGAUCGUCACUGGAAGCAGUUAAUGAAAACUACUGGCGUCACUUUUCUACAUAAAUAUGAAGAUGACGUCAAAGUCAUUGUUGACCGGGCCACAAAAGAAUUGUCUAUGGAGAAGAUUCUCAAUGAUCUCACCAAGACAUGGACUACUAUGGAGUUCACAUAUGAAAUCCACGAAUCGACCAAGACACCACUUCUCAAGUCUUCUGAAGAAUUGAUUGAAACUCUAGAAGAUAAUCAAGUCAUGUUGCAAAAUAUGAUGACGUCGAAGUAUGUCGCCCACUUCGAAGCUCAAAUCAACAAAUGGUUGAACACUCUUGGUAUAGUCGAUUCAGUCAUAAGUUUAUGGCUUGAGGUGCAACAGACAUGGUCGCACCUUGAAAACAUCUUCAUGGGCUCUGAAGAUAUUCGAGCACAAUUACCAGAAGAUACAAAGCGAUUCGAUGGUAUUGAUAAAGACUACAAGGCAUUAAUGAGUGAUGCUGUCAAGACUCCCAAUACGGUUGAAGCCUGUACAAAGGAGGGAUUAUACGAGCGUCUGGAGCUUUUACAGAGCCAACUGGCGCUUUGUGAAAAGUCUUUGGCCGAAUACCUCGAAACCAAACGUCUCGCCUUCCCUCGUUUCUACUUCGUAUCUGCUUCCGACUUGUUAGAUAUUCUUGCCAAAGGCAACAUUCCACACGAAGUCGCUGUCCACCUCCCCAAAUUAUUCGAUAACAUUGCCAGGCUACAGUUUGAGAAGAUGGAAGGUGGUGACCCAUCCAAGAUCGCCAUCGGGAUGUAUUCCAAGGAAGACGAAUACGUGCCAUUCGUCACACCUUGUGAAUGUAGUGGUCCAGUAGAAGUAUGGCUCAACCGAUUGGUAGAUGUGAUGCGUAAAACUCUUAAACACAUGUUGGGUGAAGCCGUUACUGGUUAUGAAGAGAAGCCUCGUGAGCAAUGGAUAUUUGACCAUCCUGCUCAAAUCACUUUGGCUGGUACACAAAUAUGGUGGACUACGGAAGUCAAUGUUGCGUUUGGUCGAUUGGAAGAAGGUUAUGAGAACUCGCUGAAGGACUACUACAAGAAACAAUGCAAUCAGCUCACGAGUCUCAUUACUCUCAUUCAAGGAGAGUUGAAUUCUGGUGAUCGUCAAAUGAUUAUGACAGUCUGUACUUUGGAUGUGCACGCUCGUGAUAUAGUAGCCAAGCUCAUUACAGAAAAGGCGGACAAUGCCCAAUGCUUCAGUUGGCAAUGUCAACUACGUUUACGAUGGGACGAUGCCGUAAUCGCCCACACAGAUGGAACUGCUGGUGAUUGUAUUGCCAACAUUUGUGACGCCUCCUUCCGUUACAAUUACGAAUAUCUAGGAAACACACCACGUCUAGUUAUCACGGCCUUAACGGAUCGUUGUUAUAUUACCUUGACUCAGUCGCUCCACUUGAUUAUGGGUGGUGCACCAGCAGGUCCCGCGGGCACUGGUAAAACCGAAACCGUGAAGGAUUUGGGGAAAGCUCUUGCCAUCAUGGUCUAUGUAUUCAACUGUUCUGAACAGAUGGAUUACAAGUCCAUUGGUAAUAUCUACAAGGGUCUUGCUCAAUCUGGUGCUUGGGGUUGUUUCGACGAGUUCAAUCGUAUCUCUGUUGAGGUCUUGUCGGUCGUAGCUACUCAGGUCAAGUCUAUCCAGGAUGCUUUACGUGCUAAGAAGAAGCGUUUUAUCUUCCAGGGAGAAGAAAUUCGAUUGGAAAGAACUGUCGGUAUCUUCAUCACCAUGAAUCCUGGCUAUGCCGGACGUACUGAAUUGCCUGAAAACAUCAAGGCUCUCUUCCGUCCUUGCUCUAUGGUCGUACCCAACUUGGAGCUGAUUUGUGAAAUUAUGUUGAUGGCUGAAGGAUUUAUAGAAGCCAGUACUCUAGCUCGUAAAUUCAACACCCUCUACAAGCUCAACAGAGAGUUGUUGUCGAAACAAGAUCACUACGACUGGGGUCUUCGAGCCAUUAAGUCCGUAUUGGUCGUUGCUGGUUCUCUGAAACGUGCUGAUCCUACAGUACCAGAAGAGCACGUAUUGAUGAGAGCUCUGCGUGACUUCAACUUGCCCAAGAUUGUCACUGACGAUCUGCAAGUCUUCCAUGGUCUAAUUGGAGACUUGUUCCCCAAGGUUGAAGUACACCGUAAACGUAACGAGAAGCUGGAAGACGAAAUCCGCAAAGCAACUGUCGAGAGUGGUCUGCAAGCUGAGGAAGUCUUUGUCCUCAAGAUUGUACAACUGGAAGAACUUUUGGCUGUACGUCACUGUGUCUUCAUUAUUGGUAAUGCAGGUACCGGUAAAUCUCAGAUCUGGAAGACUCUUGCUCGCACCUAUGUCAGCUUGGGCAAGAAGUGUCAAUGGGCCGACUUGAAUCCAAAGGCUGUCAACACCGACGACUUGUAUGGUUGUAUAAACCCAGCUACUCGUGAAUGGAAGGAUGGUCUUUUCUCAUGUAUUAUGCGUGACACCUCCGCUAUUCCUGGCACUGAUCCCAAAUGGAUUGUUUUGGACGGUGACAUUGAUCCCAACUGGAUUGAAUCUCUAAACACUGUCAUGGAUGACAACAAGGUGCUGACCUUGGCCUCUAACGAACGUAUUCCACUCAAACCACAUAUGCGUAUGAUCUUUGAAAUCGGUGAUCUCAAAUACGCUACUCCCGCCACCGUAUCUCGUGCCGGUAUACUAUAUGUAAACCCAAGUGAUUUAGGAUGGAAUCCAUUCGUGCAGUCGUGGCUCGACAAACGGGAGGAUCAAUCUGAAAAGAGUACUCUUAGUGUGCUCUUUGAUAAAUAUGUAAACCCUUGUCUCGAUGUGUUGCGCUCUGGCAGAUUCAAACGGGCCGAUAUCGAAGACUUCUCUAUGGUAGUGAUGCUUUGUAACAUAUUAGAAGGUCUCCUCACUCCAGUAAACACACCAAAGGGUUGUGAUAAGGAUUGGUUUGAAAUCUACUUUGUAUUCGCUGCAGUCUGGGCUUUUGGUGGUGGAAUCUUCCAGGAUCAAAUGGUUGAUUUCCGUAAUGAAUUCUCCAAAUGGUGGAAUGGUGAAUUCAAAGUAGUAAAGUUCCCUCCAACCGGAACUGUAUAUGAUUACUUUGUAGACAACGAGAGCAAGAGAUUCUUGCCGUGGACUGACCGUAUUCCUGUAUUUGAGUACGAUCCCGAUAUGCCACUUCAAAGCAUAUUGGUACACACUCAGGAAACCAUUCGUAUUCGAUACUUUUUGGACGUAUUGGCUGAUAAUGGUAAACCGGUGCUGCUCAUUGGUAAUGCUGGUUGUGGUAAAACUGUGUUGAUGCAAGACAAGUUGAACUCUUACGGCGAGGACCGUUUGAUUGUCAACGUACCAUUCAACUUUUACACUACUGCAUGGUCGCUACAACCCAUUCUAGAAAAGCCGUUAGAAAAGAAGGCUGGUCGUAACUUUGGUCCACCAGGAAACAAGAAGCUGAUUUACUUCUUGGACGAUCUCAAUAUGCCAGAAGUCGACAAGUAUGGUACUGCCAGUCCACACACAUUGCUGCGACAGUACUUGGACUACCGUCAUUGGUAUGACCGAAGCAAAUUGACACUCAAGGAAAUCCAUAACUGUCAAUAUGUCGCUUGUAUGAAUCCGACAGCAGGUUCUUUCAAGAUCUCCCCACGUCUACAACGUCACUUUGCUGCCUUCGCUGUCAACUUCCCUGGCUUGGAAUCAUUGCAAAUGAUUUACAGCCAGAUCUUGUCACAGCAUCUAAAGGCAUUCCCUGACAAGCUCCAGAAGCUUGCAGACAGACUAGUCACAGCUGCUUUAGGUCUUCACAAGAGGGUCUCUGCCUUCUUCUUGCCUACUGCCGUGAAAUUCCACUAUAUUUUCAAUCUCCGAGACUUGUCCAACAUAUUCCAGGGUAUACUAUUUGCUCAUAAAGACGCACUAAAAGAGCCCAUAGAUAUCGUAAGACUGUGGAUGCACGAAGCCACUCGUGUAUAUGGUGACAAGAUGAUUGCUGCGGAAGAUCGUCAACAGCUCUGGAAGUUCCAAGAGGAAAUUGGUAAAAAAUCCUUUGAAGAACUCGACCAGGCUGCACUCAAGGCAGAACCACUCAUUUACUCGCACUAUGCCAGUGGUAUGGGAGAUCCCAAGUAUGGUCCAGUCAAGGACUGGAGUGCUCUCCGCAAGUUGUUGGACGAAGCACAAACGGCGUACGAAGAAGUCAAUGCAGCCAUGAACUUGGUGCUCUUCGAAGAUGCCAUGUCGCAUAUAUGUCGUAUCUCACGUAUAUUGGAAUCGCCUCGUGGUAAUGCUCUACUUGUCGGUGUUGGUGGAAGUGGCAAACAGUCGUUGGCUCGUUUGGCUGCAUUCAUGUCCAACAUGGAAGUCUUCCAAAUCACAUUGCGUAAAGGUUAUUCCAUCAAUGAUUUGAGAACUGAUUUGGCGGGGCUAUAUACUAAGACUGGUCAAAAGAAGAUUCAGAUCAUGUUCUUAUUGACUGACUCUCAAGUGGCUGACGAAAAGUUCUUGGUGCUCAUCAACGACAUGUUGGCAUCAGGAACCAUUCCAGGAUUGUAUCCGGACGACGAAGUAGAAGGCAUCAUCAGCUCGAUGCGAGGAGAAGCCAAGGCUCAGGGCUUGAUAGAUACCAGAGAAGUCUGCUGGGAUCUCUUCAUCCGCACAGUCCGUAAGAAUCUAAAGGUUGUGCUAUGUUUCUCGCCUGUCGGAAACACUCUUCGAUCUCGAUGCCGUAAAUUCCCUGCCAUUGUCAACUGUACCAUGAUUGAUUGGUUUGACGAAUGGCCCGAGGAAGCUUUACAAUCUGUAGCAACUCGAUUUAUAUCGACAUGUGAUUUGGUGCCAAACGAUCUUAAAGGACCUGUUACCAAAUUCAUGUCGUUUGCCCAUCAGUCAGUUAACGCCGUAUCUCGUAAAUAUUUGCUGAAUGAGAAACGACACAACUAUACUACUCCUAAAUCCUUCUUGGGUCUCAUUUCCCUGUACAAGGAAAUGCUAGAAAAGAAGAGUUUGGAACUGAUUCGAGCAAUGGAGCGUCUAGAGAAUGGUUUGACCAAGCUUCAGUCAACAGCUUCACAGGUCGACGAUCUAAAAGCCAAGCUCGCUUCGCAGGAAGUAGAAUUGAACGCCAAGAACGAAGAAGCCAAUCGUCUUAUUGAGCGUGUUGGUAUUGACACCGAGAAAGUCAAUAAGGAAAAGGCUAUUGCUGCUGAAGAAGAACGUAAAGUCGACGGUAUUACCAAAGAUGUAUCAGCCAAGGCCGAGUCUUGUCAAAAAGAUCUUGGAGCUGCUGAACCUGCUCUAGCUGCUGCCGCCGCUGCUUUGAACUCUCUCAACAAGGCCAAUUUGACGGAAUUGAAGUCUUUUGGUUCGCCAUCUGAUGAAGUCGUUAAUGUAGUGGCUGCUGUCAUGGUGUUGUUGAGCCCACCUGGCAAAAUCGCUAAGGAUCGUAGUUGGAAGGCUGGAAAGAAUAUGAUGGCCAAGGUCGAUGCUUUCUUGGAAUCACUCAUCAACUUUAACAAGGAAAACAUUGAUAAAUCCAACUUGGAUGCCUUAGAACCAUACUUGGCAAACCCCAACUUUACUGAAGAGUUUAUGAAGUCCAAAUCUUUAGCCGCCGCAGGUCUCUGUGCGUGGGUAGUCAACAUUGUAGGAUUCUACCGAGUGUUCUGUGAUGUAGAGCCCAAGCGAGCAGCACUCGAAGCUGCCAAUGCCGAAUUGAAUUCGUCUCAAGCCAAAUUACGAGACAUUCAAUCCAAGAUUGCCGAACUUGAUCGCAACUUGGGUGAUUUGAAGGCCAAGUUUGAGAAGGCUACAGCCGAUAAACUUCGCUGUGAGGAAGAAGCCAAAUCUACACAGGAGACUAUUGUGUUGGCCAACAGACUGGUAAAUGGUCUUGCUUCUGAGAAGGUCCGUUGGUCUGAUGCUGUCGGACGAUUCAAGGAACAGGAAAAGACAUUGGCUGGAGAUGUAUUGCUAUCUGCUGCAUUUGUCUCUUACGUCGGUUGUUUCAGUAAACGAUACCGUGAAGAAUUGCUGCAGGAGCAAUGGCUUCCUACGUUACGAGCAAGUGACUGUAAUAUUCCAUUGUCUGCCGAUGUAGAUCCACUCUCGAUCCUAACCACCAGUGCUGAAAUCGCUAAAUGGAAUAACGAAGGUCUGCCCAAUGACCGAGUAUCUUUAGAAAACGCUACUAUGGUCACCACUUGUAAACGAUGGCCAUUGGUUAUAGAUCCUCAACUGCAGGGUGUGACCUGGAUUAAAAACCGAGAAGGUGCAUCACUCAAGACUGUACGUCUAGGUGAACGUGGAUACCUUGACAAGAUUGAAAAGGCUGUGUCGUCUGGUGAUACCGUCCUUAUAGAAGAUAUGGGUGAGAGUAUAGAUCCAGUGCUCAAUCCAAUUCUAGGUCGAGAAACCAUUAAAAAGGGACGAUACAUUCGGUUGGGAGACAAGGAAGUCGAGUAUGAUGCUCGAUUUAAACUUGUCUUGCAAACUAGAUUGCCCAAUCCACACUACCCACCUGAAAUCCAAGCACAAACCACACUCAUCAAUUUCACUGUAACAUUGGCUGGUCUUGAAGAUCAGUUGCUGGCUGAUGUCGUAAAUAUUGAACGUCCAGAUCUGGAGAGGACGAAGGCUGAUUUGACUAAACAGCAGAACGAAUUCAAGAUCAAAUUGACUGAAUUAGAAGACGCGCUCUUGUCUCGAUUAUCAGCCGCUCAGGGUAAUUUCUUGGGUGAUACUGCUCUGGUUGAGAACCUGGAGACUACCAAGUUGACUGCCAUUGAUAUUGAGCAAAAGGUGGAGGAAGCCAAGAGGACUGAAAAGAAGAUCAACGAGACUCGUGAACUGUAUCGACCUGUUGCUGGACGAUCGUCGCUGUUGUACUUCCUGUUGAAUAGUUUGUGGCAGAUUCAUCCAAUGUACCAAUACUCUUUGAGUGCAUACAAAGUCGUGUUCAAGAACGCCAUCAACCGAGCGGAAGCCGCUGAAGAUAUCAAGGAGCGUGUCUUGUCAUUAAUUGACUCUAUUACGUACAUGACCUUUGUAUAUACCACUCGAGGUCUGUUUGAAAGAGACAAAUUGAUCUUCUUGGCUCAGAUGACCUUCCAAGUCCUCAUGGCAGCUGGUGACAUUGAUAUGAUUGAAAUGGACUUCUUAUUACGUGGUCCACGAGUCCUCAACGUCCAAUCUCCAGUCGAAUGGCUCACAUCCAGUCAAUGGGGUAUGGUCAAGGCCCUCUCCGGUAUUGAAGUCUUCCGAACACUGGCAUCCGAUAUCGAAGGUGCUUCCAAACAAUGGAAGAAGUAUUGUGAGAACGAGUGUCCCGAAAACGAGAAACUUCCACAGGAAUGGAAGAACAAGUCACCCAUGCAGAAACUUUGUAUAUUGCGUUGCUUGCGUCCAGAUCGUAUGACGUAUGCAGUACGAAAUUUCGUGUCGACCAAGAUGGGAGCCAAAUAUGUAGAUUCGUCUCGUGUGCCACUCGCCAAAUCGUUUGAAGAGUCGGGACCAGCUACACCUAUAUUCUUUAUCCUGUCGCCUGGUGUUGAUCCAGUCAAAGAAGUCGAGCAUUUGGGUAGAUCGCUUGGUGUCACGGAAGAUAACAAGAACUUCCAUAACGUGUCCCUUGGACAGGGCCAAGAAGUGAUUGCUGAACAGCGUCUGGACGUAGCAUAUCAACAUGGUGGAUGGGUGAUGUUGGAAAAUAUUCACUUGGUAGCUAAAUGGUUGCCAGUACUUGAAAAGAAACUCGAACAACUAGCAAUCGGAUCGUCGCCUGAAUUCCGAGUCUUCUUAUCUGCCGAACCAGCUGGUGACCCUGCAUACCAUAUCAUGCCAACAUCGAUAUUACAGGCCUCCAUCAAAAUCACGAACGAGCCUCCAACGGGCAUGCAAGCCAACAUCCAUCGAGCACUGGAUAACUUCUCGCAAGAGUCUAUUGAACGCUGUGCCAAGGAUGCUGAAUUCCGUAGUAUAUUGUUUUCGCUGUGCUACUUCCAUGCUGUCGUGUUGGAGAGGAGGAAGUUUGGCACACAGGGAUGGAAUCGACCAUAUCCAUUCUCUACUGGUGAUUUGAUGAUUAGUUGUGAUGUCUUGUAUAAUUAUCUGGAGACGUUUGCGAAAGUACCCUGGACGGAUUUGAGAUACAUCUUUGGAGAGAUUAUGUAUGGUGGACAUAUUUCUGAUGAUUGGGAUCGUCGUCUUUGCUCAUCAUACUUGGACGUAUAUCUCCGAGAAGAAAUGCUUGACGGCAGCUUCGAGCUCGCACCAGGCUUCACUCUGCCCCCCGUAUCCGACUAUAAAGACUACCAUAGAUACAUUGACGAGAACUUGCCACCAGAAUCACCAUACCUAUACGGUCUCCACCCGAACGCUGAAAUCGGUGUGCUAACCAAGAUGGCUGACAAUCUCUUCAAGACUAUGCUCGAAAUGCAGCCUCGAGACACGACAGCCGGUGUCGGAACCUCAAAAGAAGAAAAAGUAAGACAGGUUGUAGAAGAUAUCUUGGAACGACUACCCGAGAACUUUAACGUGGCUGAACUGGCAUCACGAGUUGAAGAACGCACACCGUAUAUAUCGGUCGCGUUGCAAGAAUGUGAUCGGAUGGCUACCCUCACGUCUGAAAUCCGACGCUCUUUACGGGAACUGGAGCUUGGACUCAAGGGAGACUUAACGAUAACGGAAAAUAUGGAAGCAUUAAUGAAUGCAUUGUUUUUGAAUGCUGUGCCGGCAUCAUGGGAAAAACUAGCAUAUCCGUCUUCACAAGGGCUCGCAGCAUGGUAUAACGAUCUAUUGCUACGAAUCAAGGAAUUAGAGGCCUGGGUAACUGAAUUCCAACUCCCGCCCGUCGUUUGGCUAUCCGGACUCUUCAACCCACAGUCAUUCCUAACCGCCAUUAUGCAAACCACUGCACGUAAAAACGAGUGGCCGCUAGAUCGAAUGAUUUUGACUGUCGAUGUCACCAAAAAGACUCGUGAAGAAUUAACUGCUGCGCCACGAGAGGGUGCAUAUAUCCAUGGACUGUUUAUGGAGGGUGCGAGAUGGGAUUCUGCUACGGGUCUGAUACAGGAUUCGCAUUUGAAGGAUUUGACGCCUGCUAUGCCGGUGCUGUAUGUGAAGGCCAUACCGGUGGAUAAGAAGGAGACGAAAGGAUUUUAUGAGUGCCCUGUGUACAGGACGAGACAGAGAGGUCCGACUUAUAUAUGGACGUUUAAUUUGAAAACAAAGGAGAAGGGGCCGCAGAAGUGGACGCUUGCGGGGGUUUCAUUGUUGUGUAGUGCCGAGUAG